CCCCACCCAAACCCCUCCUCUCCCAGCGCCGCCGGCAUCGCCGGAACCCUAACGGCUACCACCGCCGCGGCGCCCGGCGAUCGCAUUGGUGGCGCCACCGAUGGCGACCCACCCCUCCAAGAUGAGUUACCUGUACGCGGGGAGCUCCUCGUUCGACGAUCCCGACGUGGUAGAGCUGUCGCCGGCGGCCGUCGCCGCCGCCGGCGGGUGGGGCUCCAGCCACCAGAAGAGGAAGCGGAGCCAGGUUGUUCCUCAUGAAGUAAUUGAAAUUGAUGAUGAUCCUGAUGGAGUUGUGAUCAUUGGUGAGAAAGCACCAGUUGAAAAGAAUAAACACGCAGCUGGAUAUCCUCUGGAAUGGCCAAAUCAUGUGAAGUUCCAGACUACUGUGGCUAAUGACAUUGCCGGACCAAGCACCUAUGCUUCAAAAGGUACUGCCAUUGUGGGCGGUGUGAAAAAGCUUGUCGAAAGCACAGUUUUUCCUGAUUUUGAAGACUACAGUUUCGAUGAAUUUGAGGAAGACUAUUCUUAUGAGGAAGAUGAGUACACUGACUAUGAUUAUGAUCCUCUACCUUUUGAGGACAAAUUCAACUUAUUUGGCAAGUUUGAUGUUGGGGCUCCUUUACCAUGGAUGCAGAAGACUGCCGCUGAGUUGUCAAAUAAUACCAAACCAGUUUCAAUCUUGGAUGAUAAGGUUGAUGAAAAAUACAACACAUUUAAGUCAUUUGAUACUGUUAAUGGUCAUACUGAUCAUUAUUAUUCGAAACCAGAGUUAAGGAUGGUUCACUCAGUGAAGAAGCCAUCAAAAGACUGGGCGAAGCGUAUUCAGCGUGAGUGGAAAGUCCUAGAAAAAGAUUUGCCAGAUACUAUAUUCGUGAGGGCAUAUGAGGAUAGAAUGGACCUUCUUAGAGCUGUCAUAAUGGGACCAGCAGGCACUCCUUACCAUGAUGGACUCUUUUUCUUUGACAUUUACUUCCCUCCUCAAUAUCCAAGUACACCUCCGCUUGUUAACUACCGUUCUGGUGGGUUGCGGCUUAAUCCAAACUUGUAUGCUUGUGGGAAGGUGUGCCUUAGCCUCUUAAACACCUGGUCUGGUAGUGGAUGUGAGAAAUGGAAUCCAUCCAAUUCAACCAUGCUCCAGGUUCUGGUCUCCAUCCAGGCUUUAGUUUUGAAUGCUAAACCUUAUUUCAACGAGCCUGGGUAUGCUAGUUCAGCUAACACACCUAAUGGGGAGAGGAGGUCCCAAUCGUAUAAUGAAGAUACCUUCUUGCUGUCCUGCAGGACAAUGUUGUAUUCUCUUCGAAAUCCACCAAAGCAUUUUGAGGAUUUUAUCGCUGGCCAUUUCCGCAAGUACGGGCGCACCGUCCUCGUAGCCUGCAAAGCUUAUCUGGAUGGCGCCCAGGUCGGAUGUCUUGCUGGGAACGGAGUGCAGGAUGUCGAUGAGGGUGACAAGAGCUGCUCGCUUAGGUUCAAGACGUCGCUGAAGAGACUGUUUGACGAAUUGCUGAAGGAGUUAGCCGUGAAGGCAGCAGACUGCGACAAGUUCCUACCGGAGAACAUGAAACCCACUGCUGCCUCUGCCUCCGCCUCCGCCUCCAGCUCUAGAGCAGCACGGGUGGAUGCUGCAUCCGCCUCUGCUUCCACCUCCACCUCCACCUCCAGAGCAGCGUGGGGGGACUCCACCUCCGCAGCCAGAGCAGCGCGGAUAGACGCCACCCUGAGGCUAUAUACUAAGUGAUAGCCUUGCGGCCACCCUGAGGCUAUGUACUAAGUGAUAGCCUUGCGGCCAGCCAAAACGGUAGCAAUAAUUCUGGUCGUCGGAGGCGAUCCUGGAGCAACUUGUGUCUCAGGUCGGGUAGUAGGCAGGAUCAACGAUGCAUGUGCUGAGAAGAUCUGAUUGUUCUUUUCUGUAAGUAGUGCAUGUACAUAUAUUUAGCAGGCAGGGUGAACGGAUUUUACAUAAUCUAUCAAACCCGACUAUCCCUGCCACACCUGUUGAUGUCACCGUCGAGGCUUAAUUGUAUAUCUGAUGGAAUUUGUCAGUUUAUCCCUA